AUGUGCAACUUCAUCAAAGCCAACGGAGAACAGUGCAAGCUUGCGCGCAACAAAGAUCGAUGCGGAAAGCAUCAGAUUAUUGCAGUUGAACAAAAUAAUCUUGAAGUCACCCGUCGAGGUGAAGUUAGCAAAGUUCCAGAAUUGGAUCAAUCGAUUGUCGAACCGGUGAUCGCGGAAGGAGUGGUAUAUAAAGAGGAUCAAAGUUCGGAUUUGGAAUUAAUUAAUUCGAUUGAUGCGGAUGUGAAACCAACGACUGAGCAAUUGCGGAAAUGGGCGUUUCUCAUUGUUGAUGCAAAUUACCAUGAGAAUCGAGAUCGAGUAGAGGCUGAGAAGCUUGUUCUUGAUUCUCAACAAAUCGAUUUCUUGCGAAAAUACGUUGAAGCUAAUACCAAAAAGAAUGCUAAAGGCAAAGAUAUUGAAAGCAUACUCAACCGUGAUUCUAAUGUAAUAGAUCGGUUUGAACGCAAAAUGAAGGAGCGCAAAAUGAAGGAGCGCGAAAUGAAUGAACGCAACGAUGAGGAUGAGUUCUUCUUUGAGAAUUAUAUUGAAGAGGGCAGGGCAUUUCAGUAUGAUGUAAAAGAGAAUUUGCUAGAUGCCACGGCAAUCAUUGGUGCUUUCGACGAAUACAUCAACGGCAAGGGCUUGGAUAUCGCAGAUUCAGAAAAGACAGACAGAAGGGCAUACUUAGAUGGGUAUCGCUAUUGCUUUUAUAUCCAGCAAGGGAACAUGACAUUAAUUCAUUACUAUUGCAAGACUGAACAGAUGAUGAAGAACAUUCCGAUCAUGAUUGGCGAGAUAAACGUCGCUCAAUAUUGUGUGGCAAAUAAGCUGUACGACCAGCGUCUAUACAAACUAUGCUGUAUGAUGAAGCGAUCGUGGUUCAGUGAUAAUAACAAUACUUGGAACUUGGCUGGUGUGCUAUAUCGCAAGCAACACGUCGAUCUUGGUUUAAUGCGAAAGACAUACUUGUGUAUUUUGUACUCCAUGACCGAUCGAUUUGAUCAAGCUGCUGCGUUAAAAGUGUUCAAUGAUUGGGAAACGUCCAAGUAUCACCCCAAUCUAACUGAAUCCCAAAUUAAAUCUAUUGGUGGAGGAACCGAUCCAGAUGGAUACAAGGAAUGGAAAGCGGAGUAUGAACCACAAGAAGUCAAAGAAAAGAAAGAAGGCAAGGAAAAGAAGACACCUUUGGAUAUUCUCAAAGAGAAGCUGAUUGAUAUCGUCAAAGACAAGUAUAAGCGUGAGUUCCAAUCUGGUGCAAUCUAUGAGAAUAUGCUUCCAUAUUACUAUGUUCGUAAAUACGAUGAUCCGGCUACGUUUCUGAAUGUAGUAUUUGCAACUGAGCCUCUGUUUCAUAUGUGCAAAUCACAAGAUCAUCAGCAAUUACUUUACUUCAUCAAGAACAUCAUCAAUCCUAACUUUGAGUUCAUUAAACUUGACUAUAACUAUAUCGGCUUCAAGAAUGGUAUCUACGAUCUAUCUAAUGCAACGUUUAUUAUGACUGCUGAUAUCGUAGAGAAUAUUCAGGUUCGAACAUACAUUGACUCAGAAUUUGAAAUUGACAAUGACUAUGCUCCUGUACUUGAUCAGUACUUGAAGUUUCAGUUCGAUGAUGAAACUAUCGAGUUUAUCUAUUUUAUGAUUGGUCGUCUGAUGACUAAGCUCAAUGAUAAAUUUGAUUUCAUGGUAUUCCUAUUUGGUGAGGGUGGAUCAGGCAAAUCUCUUCUAAUGAACCUUGUAAAGUACUCAUUUGCUCACGACCAGGUGGGCAUUUUAUCCAAUUCUCACCAAGAGCAGUUUGGAUUGUCUGAAUAUGCUAAGAAACAAAUUCUAUGCUGUGAUGAUAUGAAUAAUCUUGCUAAGACUCUACCAAAGGCUGACUUCUUGAGUAUGGGAACGCGUGGCUCAGUUCAAUGUCCUGUGAAAGGGAAAGGCUCGAUUCCAGUCCAUGACUGGGAUAUUCCAACAAUCAUCAAUAGCAACAAACUACCAAACUACAAAGAUGAAUCUGGUGAAGUAGUCCGUCGUUUCAUGGUUGCCAACUUUGAGAAAAUCAUUCCUGAAGAAAGUAGGAACACCAAUCUUGAGAAUGAAAUCAAAACCCAGGAAUUUGGCGUCUUUCUACACCGCUGUCGAUCAACCUAUCUGAAGUUCUGUUCCAAAUACAAGAACAAAGGGGUUGAGACGUUCUGUCCGGUAUCGUUCAUUGACAAUCGCAACCUUCUUCGUAUGGCUACGAACAACACUUAUCAAUUCAUCUCGGAAAAGUGA